AUGGGAUAUGCUUCAGUAGUCAGUACUAUCUUUUCUGAGCUUGAAGAGAUUCAUAUUGAUACUUGCAAUACCAUCAAAGUUGCUAUUGAAAGCCAUGCUCUUGUACUUCUGACCAAAGCAACUGAACGUCAUAGAAGGUUUGAUGACUUAUUAAAAGUUUGUCAUCAAGUGAAUCCUCAAUUGGAUAUCUCCUAUUUCAUUCGUUCAAUGAGCCAGGAUGCUAUCAGGCUUCAACUGUUACCAUAUGAAUUCAACAGCCCUGCCAAUAUCAAUGCUGAAGUGAUGGAACAUGAAUCUGUCCGAGAUCAGUUGAUUCUCGACCGUCACACAGAAAGCACAAUCAGGACUCGACGGCAGGCUGUACAGAAGGAAGCUGCAGAACUAACAUCUUACAUCAAACAGAACCAGGAUGUUACACAAACCCUUGUAAACAUGUGCCAGAGGUCAUCUGACAGUGAUAAGUCUUUCGAUAAAAGCCCAAGUGCUUCAUUUGACCAGCCCCCUGACAGUCCACAAAGUUCAAUAAGAGCAGAAGAUCGUCCACCUUUAGAAACUCCAAGAAAGUUUUCCAGGAAGCAGUCAUUGACGAGAAGCCCUAGUGUCAGUUCAUCAUUUAAAUUAUUCAGGUUAGUUCAAGUUGGUUUGUGUUAA